CACUUUGUUUAAAAUAAUAAGCAAGGUGCACCAUACAUGCUAUAAUACUUCAUAGAAGUUACUCUUUGUGAAUAUGAUUUGCUAUUUAUUAUAAGAUGGAAGGUCUAUCGCAAAAUGAGAAAAUCAUCUGGAAAUGUUGGGACGACAAGUCCCCUCGCGAUGUGGUCCGGGAGGCUGCAGCUAAGGGAACUUAUAUUAACCUGGCCAUAAAAUAUCUAAUGGCAAAGAAUUCAUGGAAUGAAACUACAGCGAAAGACUGGUUUACAACUGAGGUCAAAGCAUGGACAGUUCAACUGUUGGCCCAGAAACAAAUAUUCAAAGUGUUACAUGUCCUCAACAAGUGCAACAUAAAUGCAGAAGACCACCUCAUGGCCCUGGCCAAGGUAGCUACUGAAAUAGAUUACAGAGACUUCAUUGUGGAACACCUCGAGAAACUUACCAAAGAUACUGUUCAGCUGGACAGAUGGGCAGAUUUUAAAAGACACUGGAAUUUACUAAGACAUUUGGAAAAGUCUUUUGAAGUGGAUGGAACUUUUAAACAGAAUAAAGUCUUUGGAAUAGCUGAGAACAGAGUUUUUGUUAAUGAAAGUGAAAUCAAAGCAUUGAAUAUUGAGAAAAUAGAGCAGUAUCCAGCCGAUUGGAAAUGUAAAGUUGCAACUGUGCUGUUUUUUGACACCUUCGAAUUUUCUCUUCUGGACUUUUGUACACCAAUUCAAAUGUGGAACUAUUUAAUAGAACAGAACAAAGCUAUGGUCCUCGUCAGAUGGAUAAACAUACAGAUGUCUGAAGUUGUAAGGGACAUGAAUGCGCGGUACAAUUUUUUCAACGGCGAUAGCUUCGUGCAAAAACUUCUACACAUUGACACCAAAGGGUUUCAAAGCGAGGUUUUAGAUACGCUAGACGAAAUAUUCCGAAAAUGGCCGAUAUCGUCGGAGAUGAUUGCCAGUGUCUCCAAAAGCAAACACUGCUUUGAUUACACCAAAAUGUGUAUCUACGACACCUUAUCCUCCUACGGCAUUAUUGUCGACGAGGAAAAGAAAGAUCUAAUACAAAUCAUAUCGAGACUGGUGAGGACACAGAAUUUGAGGAUCAUAGAUGAAAUAUUUUCUGAAUCGUGUGCCACAAUAAGCAAACGAGAGUUUUACUUGGAGCUAGCCAAGUAUUGUGUCAAAAAUAAGUUGUAUAAGAUGCUGACUCUAUGUUUCGAGGAUCAUAUACGCGAAACGGAUUUGUCAGACGUCGAGCAAAGCGUUAAAGGCUGCAUAGAGCUUUGGCUACUGUUUAAAAGCAUCGAGCGGACGAGCGACAGACAGAGUCACGUGGUGCCGGUCUACAAAACGUGCCAGCAAAUCGCCCAAAACGACAUCGACGAAUACAUCUCCUCCAAUCCAUAUCUCGUCCUCGGAAUGAUUCUUCUAGAGGAUAACGCCAAACUAUUCGAUAUAUUCUCCAAGAACGAGUUUUUGCAGUUCAAAGAUUUCAAGCUGCCGAACAAAAGAUACGAUCACAAGCUGCCACAUCUAUUCAAUAUUUACAAGAAGUACAAUAUGAAGAAUUGCAUGUACGAGCCCAAAGACGUCAACGUCUAUCAGCUUCUGUCCGGCUACCGAGGCCUCGACGUGUCGAAAAUAUUCGAGUUUCAAAUCAUGAAUAUGAGUACGAACAACUCGAUACCGGAUAAGACCGACCGACGGAGCCUGGGCAGCCUCAUAUCUCAUGAGGUGGACGUUAGGGACAUCAAGCCGCUGACGCAGCGCGGCUUCGAUAUGCCAGAUUUUGACAACGAGAAGCUCAUCAAAAGGUACGGGUACGAAGCGAAGCUGAAUCAUAUCUACUACCUGAAGCAGUACCGCCCCUGUAACGCUAGCCAAGCAUUCGUGUCUCAACAGUAUUUGACCUUCAAUCGGCUUCAGGAGAAGAGCGUGAAGAGCGCUUGCUGCGAGGCGCAUGCGUUAGCUCUGCUCAAUUGGUACGACCCAGCCAUGGCCGCUUGCUGCAUAUCCUUCGUCGCCAUGAUCGGCUGCAACCCCACACGAUGCCGAGUCCACAUGUCGGCCGCUAAGAUGAUCGAAUCCCAUCUGAUGCGGAAGGGAAUCCCGGAGAACGAGGCGAAUAAGAUUAUCGGUGAUCUCAUGUCCCAACUUAUACAGAGCAACGACAGCGCCGCGAAGGUUAUUCUAGAAAACUUGGAGGAUAUAACCAUGGCGAAACUUAAAGAUAUGAAAGAAAACAAUAACUAUGACAUGUCGAUUGUUUUGUAUGAAUCCCAGACAAUGGUAAAGUUUGCGAUGCUACAUAACUUGCCUCUACCGGAGAAGCAGUUAAGGGCAUUCGUAAAAGAGAAUUCCUGGUUCAAUUUCCUACUCUUUGGUGACGUGUUCCGAUACCCUCUGAACCAGAUGUUGCAGCUCUCGCAGGAGUUUGAGAAGAGGUCGUACGCUGAGCACUUGAAAUACAUUAUGGUUCACAGAACAGUCGAGGAUGACAAGGAUCAGAAAUCUGUGUCGAGUAACGGCCACAGAAAGCUAUCGAGAUUGAGUUCCGGAGAAGUUAGCCCAACUCAGAGUAUGAUCGAGUGGCGGGGGGCGUGGCUGGGGCGGGAGCUGUGGGAGGUGGCGGCGGCGUGCCACGGGCCGGAGGACCCGCCCGCCGCGCUGCUGCGUGCCGCACACACCUACCGCGAGCCGCUGCUCGUGCUGCUGGCCAGCUGCUACGAGCCAAACGCGAUAGACACACUCUGGGCGCAGUGGAUUCUGUCGGGCAUCGAACUGAGGGUCCACAGUCGGGAGGCGCUACUAGCGGAAAUAUCCCAGUUGUCUUCGGCGAGACUGCUGCAAAGAAUAGCCGAGGUGUGCCUGCUAGAGGGAUACCUGACCACGCUCCACGAAUCCAUACUUAUAUUCAUGCAGGACAGUCCUCUAGUAUUGCUUACCUCAUUCCUACACCGUUGCGUGAAUCUUCGUGCGUUUGACAACGAGACGCGGAAACACCUCACCAGCUUCAUCAAUUACUACCAGCGUAAAUACAGUAUGGACACCAAUGGAUUCUCCUGGGAUCUGUCAAAGGAAUCUCUCCAAAAUAUCGCCGUCUCGCUCAUCAAGAUAGCUCUAGAACAUUGCUUCGAUAGCGCAUAUCAUCAGCGGGAAUUGCUCAAAUGUCUGAAAGAUGUCAGCUUCGAAAAGGAUCUUCUUGUUCCAUCUCCCAACUUCUCAUCGAUAUACGACAUAGUGGAGAUAUCGAUGAAGACAUCCCUAGUUGUAAACAUAUCGAGAAUAAUGGCGGACGACGGAACCAAGUAUCUACAGGAGUGUAUUGAAAAAUAUACGUCCAGUGCCGAGUACAGUGUAGCUACCAAUAUUGCCAAGCUAACUAAUUUGCCGGUCGACGAGAUUUUAAUCACAGAGUGGAGUAGAAAGUUCAGCAAAGUGGAAGAAGAUAUGGCUUUAGCCGAAGAUGAUGUGCAGGAAAAGAGUUACACGCUUUUCCUAGCUCAGACCAGCGAAGCGUUCAAAGAAGCGGGCGUUUCUUUCGCAAACGCCACAGAUUUUCUUCUCAAAGUUGCAAAUUCUAUAACCGAUGACGCUCAGAAGUUCUACGCGUACAGAAUCAUAGUUAAUUGGUUCACGGAAAACCACGAGUAUGGGGAAAAAAGAGAGAGCAUUGAACACAAAAUGUGGGACUCGUAUUUCGUUUCUUCGGAGAGUGAUCUGUUUCUUGGUGACGCCCAAUCCACUCUCUACUAUGUGAUGAACAAUCAGAAGCUGUUUGAGGACAAACAAACUGACAAUACUUUCGCCAUGACGCUGCAAGAAAUAGAAGUCGAGUCGGACAUAAUGAACAUCGAAAACGUCGUUCUAUUGGAAAAGAUUGACGAUAUUAAUAGUUUUCGUGCAGCUGUGAACCGAUUGCUAGAACUUAAGCUUGUAGUCGAAGCGUUUAGGUUGUCAGCUCUAUACAAGAUAUCUGAAUGCGAGUACAGACCGCUGGUGUGUCCGGUGCAGAUAAUGCGGACUUGUCUGAAGUUAGCUGAGGGUACUUUGUCUCCGUACGAGCUUCCGGCGGAAAUACGUCUCGUCAUAUCUUCUCCAAAGCUUCAGAAUAAAUUGUCAGGUUCUCAAUCGGAGACAAGUUUCGAGGAGUUAGUCGUAAUAGCGGGUUGCGAGGGCGAGGCGGGCUCGCUGGCGGCGCGACACGACGCCGACACGCUAGCGACUAUAGACGCGCUAGCCGUGCGCACCGGGUUCGCGCCCGCUAAACAGGUUGCCAGCUACUUCCGUAUCGCGCUGCAGAUUGGCUGGGACUACGUAUCGGUGCUCAAAAAUCAGAACAGACCUCUGGACUUCAUUAAUCUCGUCAGCGGACGAGCUCGCAUGAGCCUCGCUAAUCUUGUGUUCAGAACAUUCAAUGUGCCGUCAAAACAAAUCGCAGAAUACUUAUGCCGAGAGUUAGUCGCAGCUAUCAUCUCACCACAUCUGGUAAAAACCUCCACCUUCCGACAGAAAGAACACUUUCAGUACACACUCUGGGGCUACGUGCUCGAUUCUGACAUGGAGAUGUUUCUCAACAUGCGACCAGACUCCUGCAGCCACAUCGGCAGGCUUAUUCUAGACCAUCUCAUGGCAUUCCAGAAGAUCUACAAAGUUACGAAUCCAACGCAAUCUGAAAACGUCUUAGACGAUAGCAAUUUAGAUGUAGAAACAUUAAUAGAUGAAGAAUAUCAGAAUAUAGAAGGCGACGAAAUUGAAUCCAUACUUACGGAGGAAGGUACUCUUAUGUCGGCUGAAACGGAAUCUGUCUAUUCUGUUGCGUCGCUCUACGCGGGAAAUAAGCAGUCGAGAGAGUCGAGGAGAAAUCUCUUCGACGUUAUAACGAAAAGCAACAUCCACAUACGAUAUGAAAUCAAAUCCAAUAUUAGGAAGAUUACGAAAGGUGCCAAGUUGUCUACAAAGCAGGUGAACAUAAUCUGCAUCGAGUUGCUGGUGGUGGCGCACGAGUGUUUCACGUCAGCGUGCGACACGGAGGGCGUGGCGGUGGCGCUGCGGUCGGCGCAGGCGCUGGCGGCGCGGCUGCUGGCGGCGCGCUCCUGGCGGCUCAUGGUGCGCCUGCUGACCGGCCUCGCGCGGUACACCGAGUGCGCAUACAUCCUGCAGGCGCUCCGUGAGAACCACCAAUUCGAGUUUCUCCUCGGCCAGUUUGACUACAUGUUAGGCCAGCAGCAGGACAAGAUCACGGAGUUCAAGCACGGCCUCCUAGACUUCCUGAAGACGCAUUGUCCGGGCGACACGGACACAUACAUCAUGGUCGCCCUACACUUCAACAUGUACGCCGAAGCCGCUAACGUCAAGAAGAAACAGGCGCUAGCUCUGAUAAAUGAUUUAGAAAAGAUGGCCGGGGAAAAGGCGUCGCCGAAGAAAUCUAAUCAGCCGGUCUGGCUACAGAUACACGAUAAUGUGCCAACGCGGACCAUGCUAGAGACGGCGCUAAACCACUGUACGGAUGCGGCGGAGUUGUAUCUGCAGGGUGGUUGUACGGGCUUCGCGGGUGAAAUGGCGAUGUUGGCACAACAGAUCGCGCUACAAAUGUCGCUACUAAACGCGUCCCCAACGAGACUCAUAUUGAACAGGACGACGGGACAACUGUAUACCCUGAUUAGUGAAUAUUUAAGUUUCAUGGAGGGUCUAGUGGCGGGCGCGAGUCACGGCGCGGCGUGGCGCGAGCUGGCGUACCGGCGCGCGCUCACCAACGACCAGCGAUACAUCCGCGACUGCGUCACGUACAGACCCGACGUCGCCGCUUACUUCCUUGACAGAUACAAUUCGGAGAAAAACAAAACGCCGCAGUCGAAGGCAGCCAUGACAGACCUACGAUCUCUACUCAGAUGACGAAGCGUCGCUUAGCCGCUAAAGAUCUCAACUUAGCCACUA